CAACCCCAUGUAAUUUCUCAAGCUUUUGUAGUUCAAUAGUGUAUACACUUGCUCUGAGACUCCAAAAUAUUAUGGCGAAUGACUCCUUGACAAGGGCACAGAUAGUUGGAGAUGUUCUAGACCCAUUUGUUAGCUCGGUGCCUCUAACUGUGAUGUAUGAUGGGAGGCCUGUGUUCAAUGGCAUGGAGUUUCGCUCGCCAGCAGUCUCUCUGAAACCCAACGUUGAGAUAGGCGGUGAUGAUUUUCGUGUGGCCUAUACUCUAGUUAUGGUGGAUCCUGAUGCGCCUAAUCCCAGCAACCCAACCCUGAGGGAGUACCUGCACUGGAUGGUGACUGAUAUCCCAUCAUCAACAAACGAUAGCUUUGGAAAAGAGGUCGUGCCAUACGAGAGCCCAAGCCCUACCAUGGGCAUCCACCGCAUGGUGCUGGUUCUGUACCAGCAGCUGGGGCGGGGGACGGUGUUCGCGCCGCAGGCACGCCAGAGCUUCAACUCGCGCAGCUUCGCGCGCCGCUUCAACCUCGGCAAGCCCGUCGCUGCCGUGUACUUCAACUGCCAGCGUCCCACGGGCACCGGUGGGAGGAGGUUCACCUGAUCUGUCAAACUGAUCGACCAGCAAUGAUCCUCGGCCCAGCCGACGGCAAUGCUUGAGCUCACCGGUACCUGAUACAUAUAUCUAGAGAAGCUGGAAUAAAUGUACCCGAAGGUUCAUGUCUGAUCUAUCUAACUGGUUGAUCAGCCAUGGCCCAGCUCGAAGGCAGUUAGUUAAGCUCGAGCUUUGCCGGUACUUAUGUCUGUGUGCUUACUAAUACGUACACACAUGAUAGCCGCAUCACACGGUACUUAGCUAGAAGAGUUGGAAUAAAGUACCUGUGUUUGUACUUGUAGGCUCUUAAGUAAGGUGCCUUUGCAAGGAUGCGUUGCUACUGUUCAAUAAGGAAUGUGACAUUAUGCCACACCUUGGUAAUGAGAUAUGUGCGGUUGGUUGUUCUGAUCUUCAGGUUGAGCAAAA